AUGGCAGCGCUGCUGCAGCAGCUGGGCGGGCCCGGCGGCCUGCCGCUGCUGUGCCAGCUGGCGGGGGAGGUUGCAGCGGCAGCGGCGACCGCGGCCCAAGAUAGCACUGCGGCGGGAGCUGCCCAAAGCAGCAGCAGCUUUGGCGCACAGUGCUGGGCCUGCCGCGCCGCUGAGGCGCUGCUGCGCCUGGCGCCGUUGCUGGCGAGCCAGCCGGCGCAGGAGACGGAUUCUUUCGGCGCCAGCUGGCGCAGCAUGGGUGCACUGGUGGCAGCGGCGGGCGGCGCCGACGCGCUGCUGAUGUCCAGAUCUGACGGCUUGGACACGGAGGCUCUCUGCGUGGCGCUGGCCAUGCUAUUGCCCAAGGUGGUGGCAUCCCUGCUGUUCAUCUCCGACUGGGAGGCGGCGGCUUCGCCGGGCAACGCGCUCGCCAGCUUCCACGCCCUGCUGUCCGCCUGCCAGCUCACCCACACAAUGGAGCCGCACCUGCGCCCCUCCAGCACGGCGGCAGCUGGCAGCGGCGGCGCUGCGGCAGGGGCGCCGGCAGCUGGCAGCUGCGCGGCAGCUCCAGACCCGUCGCCGGCAGGCGGGCAGGCGCCAAUCGUGUUUGAGUCCACAGCUGUGUCCCUGGGAUGUUGCCUAUCUCAGUCCACGAUGCAUACAUACGCGCUGAGCCACACCAUGAUGGGGCGGCUGCCCGCCAACGAGCAGGGCCCCUAUGCCAGGCGGCUGGAGUGCUGCCUGCUUCUGUUCCUGGGCACCCUAUCGGCGCUCCCGCUCCCUCCCGGCACCGUCCAGAGCGGGGUGGAUCGAAAGCGCUGUGUGAUGCUGAACGUGCUGCUGAAGGCCGAAGAGCAGGCGCUGGCCUCGCUCUGGCGCCUGCUGCUGGGAACCGCCAGCGCGGCGGCCGCCGGCAUGGAUACGCUUUCCCUGCUGGCAGAGGUGGCCUGUCGGGGCCUGCGGGGCUUAUGUGCGCCCGGCGGCGGCGGUGCCAACCUUGAUGACUGGGAUGCCCCACUGUACAUGCUGAACCUGGUGGCUAACGUGGAGCCAGCCGUGCUGCCACGGCUGGUGAAGCUCAGGGCACUGAUGCGCAUGCUGUGCGCGUCUGGCGCAGCGCUGGCGGAGGCCGCCAGCUGGCAGGCGCCGCAGGGCAAGACGCAUUACCGGUGCCUGCUGCUCCUGCUGCGCCAGCUGGCGCCCCACCUGCAAGUGGACCCUUCGAAGCGGGGUGAUGUGCGGCUGUGUGUGGAGGGGCUGGCUUCGGAAGAUGGGCAGCGCCGCAGGCAGGCUCUGCCGCUGUUUGCCUCGCUGGUUGGGGAGCAGCAGGAGGAGCAGCCAGCUGCAGGCGACGGCGCCUCACCACGAAGGCAGCCCCUUGGCCCCGAGGGAGAGCAGCUGGCGGUGCGGCGGGCACGGGCGCUGGCGGUGCUCAAGUGCGCCAACCCGCGGUGCAGCAGGCUGGCGGGCGCCAGCGAGGCGGCAGCCCCCAGGGGACGCCUCUGCUCCGGCUGCCGCACAGUGCGCUUCUGCAGCGAGGCGUGCAGCCGGCAGGAGUGGCCGCAGCACCGGGCAGCCUGCAGGCUGCUGCGGGCUGCGUCGCACAACGGCUGA